AUGAAUGCCAUUUCAUCAUCUGGAAACAAAAAUGCAAUAACUAAAGCUGUUUCAACUAUGAUCAAAAGCACCAGAGCUAGUAAAGUGAAAAGGAAUGCUAUUCCAACUAUAAAGAAUAGUGUGAACAAUAAUGAUAAGUCAAAUAUGAUCAGUAAUAUUGAAAUUGAAGAUAGUGUACCUAAACCUAUCUUUGGCAAACUUGAAGCUAUUCAUAAAAAUGCAAGGGUACAAGCAAUACAUAAAGCAACAGAGGUUUGGGUUAAGGUUCUUAAAGAAUUUCAUUUUGACAUGAGCUAUGAAGGCAAAAUCAAAAAAAUCGAUACAAAAAAGGUUCUUAAAGACCAACUAUCAAAAUUUGUGUAUUCUAUAGAAAAAAAGAAUAGUGUAAUGUCGAAGCCUGUAGAAAUUCUGAACCCCAAGGUAUAUUUUGAUUUGAAUACUAUUAUUAAUGAUGAAUUAAAAAAUCUAUUAGUGAAAGGUUUAGGCAAAUGUGUCAGGUUAGAUAGGUUGACCUUGCAAGAAGUUAAGCAAAUUCUCUCCUAUCAUACUAUACAAUGUAAUAAUCCAGAAGGGCUAUUGCAGUGUAUUUUUUUUUAUAAUUCUAUUCUUUUGGCCCUGCGAGGUGGACUUAAAAAUUAUGAUGGUCAAGCUGAGGUCAUCAGUUUACCAAAUAUCAAAAGUAUAAUUGAUGACUAUGAGUUCUAUUUCAUUAAGCAUCCAUUUUACGGUCAAGCAAUAGAUGAAAAAAGAUUAAGGUCAUACUUUCAGAUUAUUUCUAAAGCAAUGGAUAUAGAAUUUGGAGGUUGCAAUUUGUCAAACCAUUCAGAAAGAAAAACUGCAGUUCAAAUGCUAAAGGGACUUGGCUAUUCUGAUGCUAGGAAGCUCAAAAAAUUACUUGCAAGUGGUAUCAAUAAGCUUGAAGUAUCAUCAAAUGAUGACUUUGAAUCGUCAGGAGCAACUACUGACUAUGAUGAACCAUCAGAAGGCAACACUAAUGACCUGCCAGGAGCAAACACUAAUAACCUGCCAGAAGCAAUCACUAAUAAUCUGCCAGGAGCAACUACUAAUGACCCAUCAAGAGCAACCACUACCAAUAAGCUGCUGCAGUCACAAAUACAAAAUGUGUUGGAUGAAAUUGAGUGUAAAACAUUUGUCAGAAAAAUGCACAAAAUGAAGAAAAUUGAAAAGAAUUUAUUGAAAAAUUCCUUACCAGAAAUACUUUUAAUAAUUGUGUUUUUCAUUUUUAAUUUUCUGUAA